CUCCAAACGAAAAAGAAGUCCCACCACACAUUUCCUGUGUCAAAAUCUAACUCAAUGGUAAAAAUGGACAAACAGCAGCCACGACAGCUCAGAAGCUUCAUAUGUUCAUUCCCUGACUGUCAAGCAUUUUACAACAAGGAAUGGAAACUCGAAGCCCACAUGUGCAAACACACUGGAGUGAAACCAUUUGUGUGUGACCGCGAAGGCUGUGGAAGGUCCUUCUGCACGAAGUACCACUUGGCGCGCCACGAGCUCACCCACAGCGGGGAAAAACCCUUUCGGUGCACGUUGGACGGAUGCACAAAUGGGUUUACCACCAAUGCUAAUCUACAGAAACAUAUCAAUCGCAUUCACAACCAAGAACAGAAACAGUAUGUGUGUGUUUUUGAAGGCUGCGGGAAGAUUUUCAAAAAGAACAAGCAGUUGAAGUCUCAUCAAUGUGAAGAGCACACUCUGUUGCCACUAUAUCAAUGUAGCUUUGAAGGCUGCCAGAAAAGAUUCUCUUUCCCCAACAAACUGAAACGUCAUGAGAAGGUUCACAGAGGUUACCCCUGUGUGGAACAAGAGUGUUCUUUCAUCGGAAGAACCUGGACAGAAUACACCAAGCACAGAAGAGAAUCACACAGGGUUCUUCUGCCGUGUAACAAGUGCAACAAGGUGUUCCGGGAUUCGUGGUUUCUGCAGCAACACCAGCAGGUUCACUCUGAGGUGCGCCUGGUGCUGAAAUGUCCCAGAGAGGGUUGUGAAAGGUCCUUCACCACACCAUUCAACCUGCAGAACCACAUUGGCUCCUUCCAUGAGGAGCUGAGGCCCUUCACCUGUCCUCAUGCUGGCUGUGGAAAGACCUUUGCCAUGAAGCAAAGCUUACAACGACAUGGUGUUGUACACAAUCCUGAACUCAAGAAACAGAGGAAGCCUCGCCCGAAGAGAUCCCUUGUUUCCAGAUUAAGUGGAUACAAAUCUGGGAAAAGAGAUUGCUUUCCACAGCAGCAAGCGACACAGUCCAUUGGAAGCCGUCAGCCGGAGCAAAUAAGCACUGGUGGAUCAGACUUGGCAUCUCUGCUGAAGGACACAAACUUGUGUAACCCUGUCCUGACUGUCUAAGCCAUAAGACUUUCCCUGUUGCAGUAUUACGUGAUUUGGUGAAUUAAACAUCCUCAUCGGGUGCUUUUUUUCCCCUUUCUCUGUUCACACUUUCAAGCUUGUUUUGUUAUUUGAAGUUGCCAAAUGCACCAUAUUUUCAAUACAAAAUGCUUUAUUUCGGUUGCUGCCCUGGUUCAGUCUUGGGAGUCUUUUGGAUUAUCAGG